AUGAUACAAGUUGAAGACUCGAACCAAUUGCUCUUGCUAGUUAAAAGAAAAGAACUGGCAAGUCAGUCAGUCUUCAAGGUAGUCUUGAAACUACAAACUUGGCCAAAAAAAGACAGCACCAAAGAGUCUCGCUUAUUACAGCUGCCUAACGAAAUAUUAGAAGAUAUCUUGCAUAGAACCGCAAAAAUCGAAAGAGAUGACGGCUGCCAAUUUCUGGGCUGGCAGUAUCCAGAGUAUCGAUACAGUGACCUCAAAUCAGUUGCCCUUGCCUGCAGAAGAUUAUUUAUCCUCUGUGCGCCUUACCUCUGGAGAGAUAAAGAAUUCAUAUUGCCUCGAGAAGAUGAUGAAAAGAGCGACUCUGUUCCUGUCCAGAUCGCAACCGACAUUUUAUCUCAACCUGCCCUUUUUCUGCCACGCCAACUCGGGUCUUAUGUACGGUCCCUCAGUCGAGAUCUAACCAAUGCAGCGAAUUAUGACUUGGCUAACUCUAGCUUGAUGGCUCGGCUUGUCUGCAAUUUACGGGCUCUCCGGAUUGACUUUCACUCCAAAUUUCGACUGGAGCACUAUGGUAUCAAGUUCUUUGCACAACAUUGCCCCCAUCUAUCCGAGCUUUAUCUUGAACAUUGUCGAGAUACAUAUGACGAUUUCAACUCGCUUUUAGAAUACCCACGGCCGCUCGUCUCUCUAACCUUACUAAGCUGUACCAUAAAACAAACAACCCUACAGAAAAUUAUCGAACUCUCAAAACAUUCUCUCGACAGUCUGUUGCUCCAAAGAGUUCGGCUAGAACCCGAAUUGAUCGACUAUCACACCCAAAGUCCUCCCGCAGUCACAACAAUCCCCACAUCCGUCUAUCUCCAUCUCUUUUCAUUCCUUCAUCUAACCCGGCUUGCUCUGUCUGACUCAUUGUCUCAUUCUGUUCUCGAACAGAUUGUACAGGGAUCUCCCCGAUUAGAGAAACUUGCAAUCAUCAUUCACGAAACUAGCCCCAUUUUAGUCACACGAUGCAUCGUUCUUUUAGUCCAACUCGAUCGACUCGUCAUUCUCUCACUCGCCUUUCGCCGUAUCCAUCCACUCUCGGUAGUCUACGAAAGGAUUGCAUGUUUUGCACCUGCAAACGUCUGGACCUAUUUUGCGUCAAAUCUGCCUAACCUUCACCUCAUCCACAUAUCUGCAUCUAAGCUCCUGCUUCACGCAGACUUCUUUGCAAGUAUUUUGGAUGGAAGUCGGUGUCGGAUACCUCACAUUAUGCUUCACCACAUUGCUUGGGUCAGUGGCACUAGUCAGCAGCUGACAUCUUUACCAGAUGAUGAAGCUCUUUUGAAUGAAUAUCGACGAAAUGUGGCUAGUGCACAAGAUAAUAUUGAGGCAUGGCAACAAGAGCCUAUUUGGCAGGAUGCAUGUGGAUCAUUUUUGACAUGGGAACAGGCGAGUGCAAAGGGAUUUCGUUGUUUCAACGAGUCAGAUAGAGUGUGUUUUGUCCAAGGCUUUGAAAGUUGGACAAAGCAUUAG